AUGGCGGCGCGCCGCACGUCUCUGCAUGAGGCUGCUCUGCCAAUCCUCGCGUCUUCGCUUCUCCAAGCAGGCGGGGAAGACCAAGACUACUCUAAAAGCUCCAGCUGGAGUCUGGCAUCCGAUAUUGAAAAAGGUAUCCCAAUUCUUCCUGGAGAGAGAUCAGUGUUUGCGCCAGGCCGGGUUGUGGGAGUGACGGGACUACAGCCCGGUGUAGUGCAACAACAGCAGCAGGGGGAUGGAGAUCAUUCGAUAGUGCAAAAUUGGGUAUCUGAGUUCUCUACGCAUAUCCUCAUUACUCUGCUAACAAGGGCACAUUUGCCCUCUUUAUCACUGCAUUCACUACCAUAUGAUCGCAGUACAGACACCUCAAAACUGCCACAAGUGUUCGUUGUGCAGUUUUACGAAUUCCGCCUUUACACACUAGAAUACCUAUUCCAAUCUUUGCAGCAAAAGCUUCCAGAUUACACAGUGGAAUCUAUUCAGUCGAUUCUUGAUAAUGUGACUAUAUUCCGUGCCUUUGAUUUCAAGGAGUUUCUUGAAGCGAUAUCCAAUGUCUCAAGCACCCUGCAUUCCCAAGAAAAAGACCAAGAGGUUCCUUCAAGCACACUUCUUCUGCUGCAAGGUCUGGAUCAGUCACUUGCAGAAAUUCGACGUGCUUCUAGCAAUCUGGCUGCACAAGCACGACUUGUGCCGUUCCUACGCACCCUUAGUGUCCUUUCUCGAACAUACUCCAGCCAUCUCACCGUGGUAGUGGUGAAUUCAACUCUGAUCCCGUCUUCAUCAUACUUUUCGGCUUGGGAUUACAUAGCCAAACAACAUCUAGGCAACCCCCCUAAUAAGGAGAAGGACGAGGCAUAUGCAGAUCAAUCUGGGCCUUGGGACAGUUAUCUAUCUCUUCGCUCGGUAUUUUCCCGAGAACAAAUGCAAUAUCAGCAGCAAAAAUACUUGCCAACAGCGACAAGUCAAGGACGGAAGCCUGUAUCGCUAUACUCUUCCUCUGUAUCUCGCUCCCUUGAUCACGGCUUUGAUACUCACCUACUUGUUUCAAAGAAAGGAACGAAAAUGAUCAUUGAAGUUGCAAAGGAUCGAGUAGGCGACAGCCUAGGAAGAUGGCAUGCAUUAUAG